AUGACCAACCGCAGCCACGCGGCCGCCGCCGCGGCGGCGCGAAGCUUCGCGGCGAAGAGCGGCGCGGAGGGCGUCGCGCCGCUGCUGCCCUCGGCGGAGCUGCGGCAGCGACUCGAGAAGGGCGAGGAGAUCGUGCUGGUGGACGUGCGCGGAGCAGAGGAGCAGCAAGUGUCGAUGAUCCCCGGUGCAGUCACCAAGGAGCACUUUGAAUCCGAGCUGUUGCCAAAGCUUCGGGCAGAGCCGGGAAAGCUGGUGGUGCCCUACUGCACCGUGGGCUUCCGCUCGGGGGUCUAUGCCAAAGAGCUGGUGGAGAAGCACGGCCUGCAGAACGUGCGCAACGGCGAGGGGGUGAUCAUGUGGACCUUCGAGGGCAGUGGCCUGGUGCGUCAGUCGCAUCCGACUCCACCUGCUUCGGUCUUGGGACGCGAGGAGGAGCCGGCCCUCGCCUGGCAAGCCGUGAGGGAGGUCCACGUCUUCGGCAAGCCAUGGGAUAUGGCGGCGGAGGGAUACUCCACCGUGUACUUCUCGAACGUGGGCGGCGCGCUGCGCUUUGGGAAGCAGAAAUGCAGCACCAGCGGUCCACGAGCACUACCCUGGGUCACCAUCUUCCUGUUGUUCUACCUGUUCUUUACACCUGCCUGUGGUGUGAUGUACGACUGCGGGUGCCGAUUGGCUUUGUCCAAGUUCAGCCAGGUUCAAACCUGCAACAUCUAUUGGCCAGGCCAUUUGCCGCAGCACAAGUGCCCUUGGUGCUCUUGCUCCGGUUUCUCGUGUAUUUUUGUGGCCAGCGACAGCAAAGCCUUUCGCGGCGUGCCUCUGUUGGACUUGCUCCCGGACGGCUUCUUCGUGACGCUCAUCACGGUGGCAGUUCUGGUUUUCGCCUUCAAGCGUACGGACAAAUGCUUGCAACAGAGGGGUAGCGUUGCGAUCGCCAUGGCCAAAACAGCCAUCGCUGUCACCUGGUUUCUGUCUUAUUGCAUUGUUUUCGGUGCUCUAUUCUUCGCAGGGAGCGCAGAGUACCCUUACUUCCUAGGCUUUUCCAGGGUAUAG